AUGGCUCUCCGAUCCGUCGCCUUGUUCGCUCUCUGUGGCGUUUCCCUAGCCUCACCAUCGGCACCACCACUUAGACCCGUCAGCACUCUAUACGAGUUCCCCAAUCCCUCCUACAUUGAGAAUCUCGCAGUUCGAAGCAACGGCCAGAUCCUCAUCUCCGGCAUCAGCACUCCCCAGCUCGUCCUCUUCGACCCUUCACCCUCUGGGCCAAAGAAGCCUGUGCCUGUUCACAACUUCACCGAGUCUCUCGCUCUAGCCGGCAUUGCAGAGUACCAGCCAGACGUAUUUGCCGUCAUUUCAGGCAACUCUUCCUUCACAAGUGAUGCGUCAAGUGCUGGGACGUGGAUCGUCUGGAGCGUCGACCUGCGCGGUGUCGACAUCUCCUCAAAGCAUGGCCAAGUGGGACUCACAUCGCCGCCCGUGGUGAAGAAGAUUGCGCAUGUCGAGCCGGCUCAGUUCCUCAACGGCAUCUCAGUUCUCUCAGAAAAGGACCAGACGCUCCUCGUCGGCGAUGUCAACGGCGGCGUCAUCUGGCGCUUGGACGUCAAGACAGGGCAUUACGAGGUCGUCAUCAACAACACGUACACCCAGCUCUACCCGUCGCCACCCUUUUCGGCGUCGGGAGUCGACGGCGUCCACGUCCGCGACGGCUCGGUGUACUUUACAAACUUUGGCAACGGCACGUUCAACAAGAUGCCCAUCCACUCGGAUGGAACGCCUGCAGGGCCGGUGACGACGCUUUCCCAUAACCACGGGCCGCUUCAUGAGUAUGAUGACUUUACGUUUGACUGUGACGGAAACGCGUUCUUGGUUACGGGAGGCGAAAACACCAUUGAGAUGAUCUCGGCGGAUGGAAAGCGCCAGGUGACGGUUGCUGGCAACCUCAAUUCCACUGCGAUUGCUGAGCCGACCUCUUGUGCUUUUGGUCGUGGCCCGCACGACAAGAACAUCCUCUAUGUUGUUACUGCGGGCGGAAUGCAGACGCCGGUGAACGGAGAUGUUGUUAUUGGUGGACAACUGGUUGCGGUUGACACGACGUCGAGGGGUUCAGCUUGCUGA